UAGGGAAAGAGCCCUCCUACUCAUUCUUUUUACCAUCUGAAAGAACUCUAGGAACGUGGUUCAUCCUUCAAGCGCAUCCAGGAGAUGCCAGAUUGCUUUUAGAAUGAGUAAAACAUCUUCAACCAACAACUCAGUGAUCGAACCUCGCAGUUCACAGAGUGAACAGUCUUUAUCUGUGCACCCAUCCAAUGUCAUCGAACCUAGUGUGGCCAAACGGAUCUGCUUUUAUAAGAGUGGAGACCCUCAGUUUAAUGGAAUUAAAAUGGUUGUCAAUAGCCGCUCUUUCAGAUCAUUUGAUGCUCUGCUUGACAACUUGUCGAAAAAAGUUCCACUGCCUUUCGGAGUAAGGAACAUUACUACACCCAGAGGAGUGCACAAUAUCAAUAAUCUGGAAGACCUUGAAGAUGGAAAGUCAUACAUUUGUUCCCAACAAAAAAAAAUCAAACCCAUUAAUUUGGAGAUGGCCAGAAGAAAGCCGUUGCCAUGGCAAAUUAGUAGGCCCAUCAGUGCUCGUCGUAAGGCUGUACAAUUAACCAGAGAAAGCAAAGGGAGUAUGUUCCAACAGGGUAGCACUAUACGACUGAGUACCCCUAAGAACUUGCUUGUUUUCAGAAAUGGCAAUGCAAAAAUCCGGUGUACGGUUGUUUUGGGUAAGAAAAACACACAAAAUUUUGAGGCCUUUCUGGACCACAUCAGUGAAUUAAUGCAGUAUUCAGUGUUGAAAUUAUAUACUACUGAUGGGAGAAAGGUUUCCAACCUUCAGGGUCUGAUAUUGUGUUCUGGAGCUGUUGUGGCUGCAGGGAGAGAACCCUUUAAGGCAGGGAAUUAUGAUCCUCGUAGGUAUUCCUUGCCUGCAAGACUUCCGGGGGUGUCCAGUCGUGUCCACCCCCAAGCAAACCUCAAGUCAGAGAGCAGAAAAACUAUGAAAUGGAAGGUAGUAAUUUUUACCAGUGACCAGCCAUCUUCAGGAACCAGCUCGCAAGUUUAUAUUACUUUAUAUGGGGAGAAAGGCAGUUCAGGAGCUGUCUUUCUAUAUGGGGAAGAGAAAAAGGUAUUUGAAAGAGGAAGCACAGAUACUUUCAUGAUUCACACGGAAGACUUGGGAGAUCUAUACAAAAUACGAAUAGGACAUAAUAAUUCUGGAGAAACCCCUGCCUGGCACUGCAAAGAGCUGCAAUUGCAGAAUCUUGUUACAGGGGAAAAAUAUGGUUUCUCUGUUGAAAAAUGGCUGACGCAGGCUCAAGAUGAAGGUGAAAUCAGUCAGGAACUUCCCGUUUUGUAUCAGGGGCAGCCCAUUCUUCCAGUGGCAAUGUACAAGGUGCAUGUAGUAACUGGUGAUCUUUGGAAUGCUGGGACAGAAGCUGAUGUUUACAUAGCAAUCAAUGGAGAAAAAGGUGAUACAGGGUGCCGACAGCUGCAUAGGUCAAUGAAGUCUCAAAAACACAUGAAAGGACAAACUAAUACAUUCUCACUUGAAGCUGUGCACCUUGGACAUUUAUAUAAAAUUGUUAUAGGACACAAUGGACUUGGCUCAGGAAAUGGUUGGUUUCUGGAGAAAAUUGUAGUCCAGGAUCCUAUCACAAACUCAGAUUAUAUCUUCCUAUGUUACAGAUGGCUAGAUCAAGGAGAAGACGAUGGCAAAAUUGUCAGAGAACUUUAUGUCAUUGAUAAUUACACCAUUGCAAAGAAACAAGAACUAGAAAUCAAGAGAAAAAACAUGUGGGCAGCUGAGAAAUGGAAAUUUCAGAAAGGCAAUAUACUUCAGUUUUACAACAAGAUGACCCAUGGUUUUAUACGUCUAAGACAAGGCGGAGAGGUGGAUGCCGUUGGUGACAAAAAAGACAAAUAUGGUCUUUUUGAAGUGGCAGCGAAGAAAGGAACCCUGUGUGUCCUUAGAAGUCAUCCAAACCCACAGCUGGCCCUUGCGCUUGCUCAUGGCUCAGUCACAGGGAUGAACUAUGGGGAUAACCACUGUGAAUUGCAAGUUCAUGUUCAGCCUAAUCAUUGCGCCAUACUGGAAUCGUCCCAGAAUCCAGGCCAAAUGAUUUCUUUCAAUUUUCAAGGCACAGUAGCCGAUGAUAACACAGGCUACGCAGGGCUAACCAAGGAGUUUGUGGUCCAUGUGAAGGGUAUAUUCCACAACAGUGCCAUAAUUUUGCUCGCUACAAGCUACUGCCAGUUCUUCUACCUGAGAGCUGAUGGGAGCUGCAGUGGAGCCGGAAAUCAGGCUGAUGACUGUUCCUGGAAAGUUCAUAAAAUCAGCUCUGGGAUUUGUAUGUUUGAAAAUGCAAAACACCCAAGAAUGUAUCUGAGGAUCAAGGAUGGCCAGUGUAACGGGAUGGGCACAGGAGAUGUGGACUGUCAUUUCAAAGUACAAAAAAAUUUAGAAACUGGAUCUGUAAGUCUUGAAUCGGCACGGAACAGAGGAAUAUAUGUUGGGCUUCUGCCUAAUGGUGAGACCAAGCCAUUUGUCGAUACUGGAGAAAGCAACGUUUUGUUUUACCCACAAGUUGUCAAAUUUGGCAGAAAAAAGCCAAUGGAAACAUCUGCAACUAUUACCCAGCAGGAAGAAGUGUUCAGAGAAUCUAAACAGCAGUUUGCAGAAACCCAGAAUCUAGUGUCUGGAAGACAACCAAAUCCUCCUCCUUCAGAAGAAAUGAUGACUAUUCAAAAUGAAAAGUCCCUUUUACCUUCAGAUGAUAAAUGGAAAGUAUUCAUACUGACAGGAAAUUCAGGAACUCAAGCAAAUGUCAGUCUCUGGAUAUAUGGAGACGAAGGUUUUGUUGGACCUAUUAUUCUUGGCAACGACAACAGAGAACAACUGUUUCUACCUAGAACUGAAGAUGCAUUUCAGGUUGAAAUGAAAGAUAUUGGCAACAUUUACAAAAUCAGAAUAGGCCACGAUGGAUCAAGUCACUAUGCAGACUGGAUGUUGGAAAAGGUAACAUUACAACAUCUGAAGUCUGGCAGAAUUUGGAAGUUUCCCACAAACAAAUGGCUGUCCUGGAAUGAAGGCAAUGGAAAUACUGUGUGUGAACUUUCUGUUGCAGAAAAUGGAAGAAGCCUUUAUCCAAUUGUGAGUUAUCAGGUUUAUGUAUCUACUGGGCAUCUGGAACACGCUGAAACCACUUCUUCCAUUUAUCUGUGCAUAUAUGGAGAAAGAGGAGAUUCUGGUUUGAGAUUUCUUGCUAAAUCAGACCAACCUAUAAAAUUUCAGAGAGGAAUGAUUGACAUGUUUGAAAUACAAGCUGUGUCACUUGGAAAUCUACAGAAAUUGCUGCUGUGCUGCAAGAGUGAUAACCAGUUGCAGGACUGGUACUGUGAGAAAAUAAUCAUCAGAGAAUCUGGGAAAAACUCAGAAAAUAUUUUCAUCUGUGAAAGAUGGCUGCCAUAUAUGUCUCAAGGAAUAAUCCAUUCAGAAAUAGAGCUCUUUGUCCAGGAAAUGCAAAUAAAUCAUCAGUUGAAAAUGCAAGAGGAAGAAAAUGGAGAAGAUUGGAAAAUCACUAUAGUCACUGGAGGUUUUGAAACAGCUGGCACAACAGCAACUGUGUCCCUUUAUGUUUACGGAGAUAACAAGGCUUCAGGUCCUCUUAUACUGGGAUCUGGAAAACACCAGCUGUUUAAUCCCAACAGUACAGAUACAUUCCAGGUUAAGCUAAAAAAUAUUGGAGAACCAUAUAAAAUCCGAAUUGGCCAUGACAACAGUGGAACGAAUCCCAGUUGGUACCUGAAUGAAAUUAAAUUUCAAAAGAUGAAUUUGCCAUCUGAGCAAGAAAUAUGUUUUCCCAUCAACUGCUGGUUAUCUGAAGACCAAGGAGAUGGAGACACAUGGAGAGAAAUACCAAUUAGGAGGCCUAAAAAAGAACUUCUACCAUUGGUAGUCUAUGAGAUCAGUGUAUACACUGGGACACAGCCAGGUGCCGAAACUAAUUCGAAUGUGAACAUCACUAUCUUUGGAAAUCAAGGAGAUUCUGGAAAACGGAAACUUCAGAAGUCAAGCACUAAUAAAGUCACAUUUCAGCGUGGUCAGAUUGAUGUCUUCUCUGUGAUGGCUGUAUCACUUGGAGUUCUGCGUAAAAUCAUCAUUGGCCAUGAUGGAACUGGUCCAGGUAGUGGAUGGUUCCUCCAAAAGAUUGUUAUCAGGUUUCAGGAGGAAGCAGAGAGUAAAGAAGAAGUAAUUGAAUUUCUUUGUAACAGGUGGUUAGAUGAGUACCAAGAUGAUGGGAAGACUGAAAGAGAACUAAUUGCCAGAAAAAAUAGCAAUGCAUCAAUGGCAUAUCCUAGAGGGCAGUGGAGAGUGGUGGUGAAAACAGAUCAUGAUUCUCCAGAGCCAAGGACAUCUAAAAGAACCCUUGCAAUUUAUGGCUCAAAAGGCAAAAGUGAUGAUCUUCUCCUGUCGUCACAAAGUUUGGGAUAUGUGUGUUUCCAACCUGGAGCCACUGAUGAAUUCAUUAUUGAGUCUGGAGAUGUUGGAGAUGUGUACAAGAUUCGGCUCAACUGUGAUGAUUUGGUAGACUUUGAGGGCUGGCAUUUGAAGUCUUUGCAAAUGGAAGAGCUACAUGUUAGUCAAGAGGUGAACUUUGACUGCAACUGCUGGUUCUCCCUUAGCCAAGAAUGCAAAGAUAUGGUGAAGGAAUUUCCUGUAGUGAAUGAAAACCAGAAAACUUUGUCAGUACAUAAAUAUAUAGUCUCUGUACACACUGGAGAUCUGUGGGGAUCAGAAACCUUUGCAAACGUUUAUAUAACAGUUUAUGGUGAACGAGGAGAUACGGGUGUAAGAAAACUUCAAGAUUCCUUUAUUGACGGAGAAAAAUUUCAAAGGAACAAGGUGGAUUCCUUUUUAAUAGAAGCAGUCUCCUUGAGCCAUUUAAAAAAGAUAGUUAUAGGACAUGAUGGAGAAGGCUAUGGUGCUGGAAUAUACUUAAAAAUGGUAACCAUUAAGAAAUCAGAAAAUUCUGACAAAGAAUGGAUGUUUCCAUGUUGGAACUGGCUAGAUACUUAUAUGGGAAUCUGUGAUACUGUUUGUGAGAUUAAAACCAUAGGUAAAAGAAGGUUCUCCUCUUCAAGAUAUUCUCCAAUUAAUCAGCAGAUAUCUGGUUUAUGGAUAAUGAAUAUCACCGGAUCUGACAUAAAUGCUGAAACUGAUCCAAUGCAUUUUACUUUCAACGUUUAUGGAGAUAAAGGUCACAAAAAGUUGGCACUGCAACUUUUAGGAAAGACAACACAAAUCAAAGAUGAAUUGGCAAAUGUUGGAUCAGUUUUCAAGAUUCAGAUAUCCAGUGACCAUGCUCAACUAAAGGAGUCCUGGCAUAUGGACAUGUUGCAUAUGAAGCAUACAGAUACCAAACAAGAGAUGUGGUUAAAUUUUGAUUAUUGGUUUAAACCCAAUGAAGACACCUGUGUUGAACUGCCAGCAUUUUUUGCAGACCAGGAUCCUUUGCCUGUUGUUGAGUAUUCGAUCCACGUACAUACUGGAGACAGGAAGAAAGCUGGCGCCAGUGGCAAUGCUUAUUUUUGUAUUUGUGGAGAUAGAGGUGAUUCAGGAAAACGAUGGCUUAAUAAUUCUAAAACAAGACCAAUCACUUUUGAUAGAGGACAGAUGGAUGUUUACCAAAUCAAAGGAGUGCACCUUGGGAAGCUGAAUCAAGUCAUUGUGGGGUUCAAAGGUUUGAACAAAGAUGAUUGGUUUCUAGAGAAGAUAGUAAUAGAAGAAACAAACUAUCCUUUUACUACAUAUACUUUUGUUCAUAAUAACUGGUUGCAUCAACAGUCAAAAAAGGAUUUUACAGAAGCUGUAAUCCCACUACAAGAAAUGACAGAAAAAUCUGGCCCCAUGAAAGGUUUUGAAGCAAAAAGCCAAGGACAAUGGAGACUGUGGAUAGACUUUGUCGAUGUUCCAGAAAAAAUGCCUGAAAUAAAAAUUCUUGCCUAUGGAACCAAUGGAGUAUCAUUUGCACAGAGAGUUCAACAUUUUAAAAAUGAACCCUUUCUGUUGAGUAUUGGUGAUAUUGGUCAAAUAACAAAGAUUUCCUUUCUGUCGCCCUGCUCAAAUUUGAAUAAAGGAAUCAAACUGCAUAAGGUGCGGAUGAAAGACUUGGACACUAACGAAGAAUUAGGCUUUCAUCCUUUAAACCGAUGGCUUUUUGAAGAAGACGGGUCAGAAACUGUGACAGAACUAGCAGUAGUAAGACCAAAUGAAGCUCCUCUCAAAGAAAUUACUUACUCAAUCAGUGUUUAUACAGGAACAUUACCUGCAUCUGAAACAGAUGCAAAUAUCUUUAUUACGCUAUUGGGGAAGAAUGGAGACUCUUACAAAAGACAACUGAAGCGCUCAAAGUCAUGCCCGCAGUUUGAAAAGGGUCAGAUAAAUAUAUUUGCUAUCCAAGCAAUUGAUCUUGGGAUGUUAAGCUCAGUGUUGGUGGAACACAACAACUCUGGUUAUGGAGCUGGAUGGUACCUUGACCAAAUCUUGAUACAAGAAUUGGGGAAGAGUGAUAGUCAGUAUGUAUUCUCAUGCCAGCAAUGGUUGGACAGUGGUGUUGGUGAUGGAAAGAUGAAACAAGAACUGAGGCUUCUUGGAAAAACCAAUAAAGAAAGUCUGACAAAAGAUGUUCAUGGGACUUGGGAUGUCACUGUUAUAACUAGGGAAAUGUCAGAUAAUUAUGGGAACACUAAAUUAAUUCUGACAGUAUGUGAUGACAAAGGUACAUCAGCUGCCGUCUUCAUUCCCAAAGGAUCAUUUAAAAGGGCUAAAACUUACCAGACAUCUUUGGAGCUAGAUAAGAAAUUUAAUAAGAUUUGCAAAAUUCGCUUGGAAGUAGAAGACUCAGACAGAGAAACAUGGCAUUGUCAUGAGGUGAAACUUCAGAAUAAAAAGAAUAAGGAAACGUUAGAAAUACCUUGCUGCCGAGAUUUUCCAGAUAAUAAAAGAUGCACAGUGGCUGAAUUUCCCAUUCUGAUAACUGGCACCAGGUUUUUAACAGUUAAACAAUAUAUUCUAUAUAUCUCAACGGAUUCAGCCCCAAAGUCAGGCACAGACGCUGAUGUGUAUGUCACUUUAAAAGGGACAAUGGGAGACACAGGCCGGAGAAAAUUAUUCAGGAAUGAGCAGGGAUGCUUUUCUGAAGGAAAGGUGGAUGUUUUUCCCAUAGAAGCAGUAGAUAUUGGAAUUCUGUGUCAGCUUAUUGUGGAAAAAGGAAAAGGUUCUGCUUGGCACCUCCAGAAGGUUAUGGUGAAAGAACCACAAUGUGAAGGAAAAGAGACACUCUUUAUGACACAGACAUGGCUGAAAGACACAAUUGAAAAGAAAAAAUAUGCCUCACUAACGCUGAAUGCUACCGAAGUACUGGAUAAGGGAAGCACAACCGCCUCAUUGUUAUCAAGCCAAAACAUGAAAUCAGAUGGUCUGUGGAAGAUAUCUUGCACUGCAUGUCGUGAAGAUUCAUCAAAAGCAUUUGAAGAAUCUUGGGAAAACAUUACUAAACUGAUUUGGGUGUUCUAUGGAAACAAUGGCAAAUCUGAACCAAUUUCCUUGACAAGCAAAACAGGAAUUCAAGCUGAUGACAAAUUAAUUUUUGAUGUAUAUUUCCCAUCUGAUUUAGGAACACUUUAUAAAGUGAAGAUUGGUGUUCAUCUCUUGGGAGAAAGCAUAUGGCAAUUGUUUCAUCAUUGCAAAAUCCAGAACACUGUAACCCUGGAUACCUUUUAUCUCUCAUUAAAUGAAACCUUUCCUCUUCUUAAUGGAGAUCAGUGGCUUGAGUUCCCUAUCGAAUGGCCAUUAAGGAAAGCCCUUUCUGUGAUUACAUAUGAUAUAAAUAUAUUCUGCAGUGAUAUUGUGAGCAAAAUAAGCAUGGUGCCUAUAUCUCUGAAUGUAUAUGGAACCAAUGGAGAUACUGAAGACCGAAGGCUUUUGUUGUCACCAUCAUCUACAAUUGAGAAAGGAGAAAUUGGGGAGUCAUUUACAGGUCACAUAGAUGCUGUGGAUUUGGGAAAAUUGCACAAAAUUGUCCUUCUCAUUGGAAACACAUCGUCCUGCAAAUUGGCAAUUAAAGCCUUGCACUUAAAGGAAAAUUUAAAACAAGAGCCUGUGUACAUAUUUGAAGUGAACGAAACAUUCCAUCUGGACAUUGGUAAACCUGAAAUAAGGAAAGAAAUCCCUCUCUCUUUGGUUACUAAGGAAGAUAAUGGACCAGAAAAUCUGACAGAACAUAUUAUUAAAGUGUACACUGGUGAUAAAAGAGGGGCAGGAACUGAUGCCAAUGUUCAUAUCAUUUUGUUUGGAGACAUGGAUACAUCCGAUUUAAUUCAACUCAAAACCUCUCUCGAUCAUCGAGAUCCCUUCGAAAAAGGAAAGUCUGAUACAUUCAAAAUUAAGACAAAGAAUAUUGGAAGGCUGCAGAAGAUUGAAAUUGGGCAUGAUGGGAAAGGGUUUGCAAGUGGCUGGUUUCUUGAAAAGGUGGAAAUUACAGAUAUGUCUACAAAUGAACUCUACAGCUUUAGCUGUAACAGAUGGCUGGCUAAAGAUGAAAAUGAUGGACGCACAGUAGUACAGCUUUACAUAUAAUUUUCUGAAACCUAUUUGAAUGUGCUUCCCCUUCACUUCAAGCUGAUUCAGUUUAUUUGUAUAUCCUAAUUAUGAAAGAACUAUAAUUAUCAUGAAACAAUAUCAAAACAAUUUAUCACAUUUUAAUAAUUCCAUUGAGAAUGACUCUAAGCAUUCUAAACACUUUUAUUCAAUUACAGAAUAAAAUAAAUUCAUUGUUCUAUAUGUCUUAGUAUCAUUAUGCUUUCACAACAUUUAAAAUUGACAGGGUUUUUUUACAUAGGAAAAAGAAAAGGCAAUUUAUGUCAGUCAUGAGCAAGCACAUAAUGAAAUCUUUUAUUGGAAGUUUAUUUUUAUAUAAAUGAAAGUACUUUCUUGAUAACAUCAUACACAAAUAGCUUAUUCUAGUAGACAAAAUGUUUUCAAAAUGGUUAUGGAAAACUCUGUGGCAAGAUGUCAUAGGCAACCAUUUUUUGCUUUAUAAAAAAUACUUUUGAAGCCAAAUCCCAAGAAGACUCACUGAACUGUGUGUUCCCAUCCUCAUUUCAAUGGUGACAGUACUUAUAUGGUGUGCAUAUCAGAAGGAAGAAGGGUAAAUAUUUCUUUCUUAUGUCUAUAAAUAAUCUUAUUAAUUGUGAAAAUGGCAUAUCACUUUUUGAGGAAAUUGUAAGUUUAUAAUGAUAGUUAAAAGGAACUAAAAAGCUUUUUAUGCAAUCAUUUGUCAAGAUACACUGUUCAAAUAACGAAAUAAUGAGAAAUCAAUCAAAGAAAAAUGUGUAAGUUUUAUAAAAAGCUAUUAAAAUGUAUGCUUUAUUAUAAUGUAUAUUCAUUAAGAACUCUUUGUCAAAAUGCUAAUCAAUAAUAUUCCUAGAUAUAGGAAUAAAUAGUUUAUAAUGACACUAUGUUAAAAAUAACAACAUAAUAUUUUCUGAUUAAACAAGGAAAUGAUUUUAAUUAAGUUUUACUAAAAAGUCAUAUUUCUGCUUGCAUUGCUAGGAUAGAUACUGAAAUGAAUGUAAAAUGUGAUCCCUAGAGUGUAGAAAUGAGUUUAAUCAGUAUCUGUAUUCAUUAUAAAGAAUCACUUUACUCUUUUCUUCUAGUGUGUCUUUCAUUAAUAUGAACUUACCCUGAUGCCAUUGCUAGUAUAUCAAGUGUAAAUAAUACUACCUUACUUUACUUUAUUUACCUCAAUAAUACUCAGUAACAUCUUUAAGCAGUUUAUUUGGUCCUUUUGUCCUAUUUUGUCCUAUUUAAAACGAGGCCCUGGGAAAAUAUAAUAUACUGUUGAAUGAUUUUUUUUAAAAAAAGCACUUCAUCAGUAUUUGCAAAACCCACAGGGGAAAUUUCAACAGGAGUUCCAUUUUGCUGACCUAAAGCAAAAGAUUCCCGGAAAUUGAGCAGCUGAGGUCAGUUUCAAUAGAAGACAGGUCAGUUUAUAUACAAGCUUUAUAUUCAUUAUUUUCUUAAUUUCCAUUUAAAGACAUAACAUUUUACCAUAUAUUGGUAAAUAUAUACCACGUAUUGAGAUCUUUCUGAGGAAUAGGGCAAUAAUCUCAAUUUUAUUCAAGUGUUUUAUGAUUAGUGUAUCAAUAAAACUACUGUGAGAGUAAUUUCUCAUGAAAUGGCUUAUUAUGUGAAAACUGCAAUCUACAACUUAAAUUGAUCUCCGUAAGAUGGCCAUAAUUGCAAAGUAGAACAGCUACAGGUGAUUUAGUUCAAAAUCAUUCUGCAACCUUGGUUAUAUUUCUGAACCAUGAUUCAGAUUUUCCAAAAGUAAAGUAUUCAGACUGAGUUUUAGUUUUUAAUUUAUUAAUUUAAUUAAUAAACUUUGGCAACAAGUAUUACAGAUUAUGUGAGAUACAUUGAUUUCUUUUUGUGAGUGAAUUACAUAUUGUUUCAAUGUACUAAAAAUGUGCCUAUUUGCUGUGGGACUCAUGCAGCAAAUGAAAACUCAUACCUCAUAACAGAGAGUACAGUUCAGUAAUGCUACAACUCAUAACAAAUAAUCUAUGGAAAAGUAAAUCCAAUGUUUAAAAAGAGGAUAGGUUUACUAUUGAAGUAUCAGUAUGAUCAGUGAGCAGUGCAUUGUUUCUGUCAGGAGUGGUUGUUUCUACCUCACCAGGGUACAUGCUGACUCAUAUAAUUUUGUUACACUGCAUGUAAGAAAGCACUCUAAGUGUCAGGCCUGGAAACCUACAUCUACAUCUAAAUCAGGAAUACAAAAUGUGGCUAUCCAGAUAUUGUUGAAUCACAAGUUUCAGCAUUGUUAUUGUGGCUCAGAUACAUCUGAAACAGCACCCUUUUUGUUCCUAUGAAACUCUCAUAUUAGACAAUGUUGAAAGAUAACAUGAAAAAGAAAAAAACCACCACCUGAACCAUGAGAUGUGUAGCAAAUAAGUUUGAUAAACAGAAAAACAAUUUUUUUUAAAAAAAAUAUUUAUUCCAAUAGUUUCCAUGGCUUCCUAUGCAAACCUGUAA